UUUCAGAAGAAAAGGAGGAUGAAGAAGAAACAGAAGAUGGUGGUUUGGAUGACUGGGAAGCUAUGGUUAGUGAUGAAGAUGGAGAGAAAGAGAGCAAACCUGUCCACAUUGAAGUCAAAGAACAAAAUGAAGUGGAUGAGGAAGAGGAGGAGGAAGAAGAUGAGGAGGAUGAGGAAGAAGAGAGUGAAGAAUCUGAAGAUAGUGAAGGGAGUGAAGAUGAGGAUGAAAAGACGUCAGAUGAGAGAGAGGCAGACUCCCAAGCUAUUGGAAAACAAUCUGUGGAAAAAAAGCUCAGCAAGGAAAUUAGUUCUGAUUCUGAGUAUGACUAUAGUGAUAGCUGUUGCUGCAAUCCGAGUGAAGAGCGUGCUUAUGACAAAGCCAAACGGAGAAUUGAGAAACGACGAGCUGAAAACAGCAAAAACAUGAACACUGAAAAGCUCCGAGCACCAGUUAUUUGUGUCCUGGGGCAUGUAGACACAGGCAAGACUAAAAUUUUAGAUAAGCUCCGCCAUACUCAUGUGCAGGACAGUGAAGCUGGUGGUAUCACUCAGCAGAUCGGUGCGACGAAUGUUCCCCUGGAGGCUAUUAAUGAGCAAACCAAGAUGGUGAAAAACUUUGACAGAGAGAACAUAAAAAUUCCAGGCAUGCUGAUAAUCGACACUCCAGGACAUGAGUCUUUCAGCAACCUAAGAAAUAGAGGAAGUUCACUUUGUGACAUUGCUAUACUUGUAGUUGACAUCAUGCAUGGUUUGGAGCCACAGACAAUUGAAUCAAUAAAUCUGUUGAAAUCAAAGAAAUGUCCCUUUAUAGUAGCUCUCAACAAGAUUGAUAGGUUAUAUGACUGGAAAAAAAGUCCAGACACAGAUGUAGCCAUCACCUUAAAGAAGCAGAAAAAGAAUACGAAAGAUGAAUUUGAAGAGCGUGCAAAAGCGAUCAUAGUGGAGUUUGCCAAACAGGGCUUGAACGCUGCCUUGUUUUAUGAGAAUAAGGAUCCCCGCACUUUUGUUUCUCUUGUACCUACCUCUGCUCACACAGGGGAUGGCAUGGGAAGUCUGAUAGCUCUUCUCGUUGAACUAACGCAAACUAUGCUGACCAAGAGGCUGGCCGAGUGUCAGGAGCUGAGAGCUCAAGUCAUGGAGGUUAAAGCACUGCCAGGCAUGGGCACUACCAUAGAUGUUAUUUUGAUUAACGGACGCCUGAAAGAAGGAGACACCAUUAUUGUUCCUGGGGUUGAAGGUCCCAUAGUAACUCAGAUCAGAGGUCUUCUGCUGCCUCCUCCUAUGAAGGAGCUACGAGUUAAGAACCAGUAUGAAAAGCACAAAGAGGUCGUUGCUGCUCAAGGUGUGAAGAUUCUUGGGAAAGAUUUGGAAAAAACAUUGGCUGGUUUGCCACUGCUUGUAGCUUAUAAAGAGGAUGAAGUCCCGGUCCUCAAGGAUGAACUAAUACAUGAACUGAAGCAAACACUGAAUGCAAUCAAAUUAGAAGAGAAAGGUGUUUAUGUCCAGGCUUCUACUUUAGGCUCUUUAGAAGCAUUACUUGAAUUUCUUAAAACAUCAGAAGUGCCAUAUUCGGGAAUUAAUAUAGGUCCUGUCCAUAAAAAAGAUGUUAUGAAGGCAUCGGUUAUGUUGGAGCAUGACCCACAAUACGCAGUCAUUCUGGCUUUUGACGUGAGGAUUGAACGUGAUGCACAGGAAAUGGCUGAUAGUUUAGGAGUUCGAAUUUUUAGUGCUGAAAUAAUUUAUCAUUUAUUUGAUGCCUUCACAAAAUACAGGCAAGACUACAAAAAACAGAAACAAGAGGAAUUCAAGCAUAUAGCAGUGUUUCCUUGCAAGAUGAAAAUACUCCCUCAGUUCAUUUUCAACUCUCGUGACCCAAUAGUGAUGGGUGUAGUUGUGGAGGCCGGCCAGGUGAAGCAGGGGACUCCCAUGUGUGUACCUAGCAAAAACUUUGUUGAAAUUGGAAUAGUUACAAGUAUUGAAAUAAACCAUAAACCAGUGGAGGUUGCGAAAAAAGGCCAAGAAGUAUGUGUGAAAAUAGAACCUAUUCCUGGGGAAUCGCCCAAAAUGUACGGACGACACUUUGAAGCAACAGAUAUCCUCGUCAGUAAGAUCAGCCGUCAGUCCAUUGAUGCUCUGAAGGACUGGUUCAGGGAUGAAAUGCAGAAGUCUGACUGGCAGCUUAUAGUAGAGCUGAAGAAAGUGUUUGAAAUCAUCUAGAUAACUUUUUACAGCAAAGGGGAGGCAGGAAUAAGCGCAGUAUUCCUGUUCUAAAAGUUACCAACAAAGUCAUAUAUUGAAGACAGUGUUGGAUAUAUGUUUGGGAGGAAAAUAUGUGGAUAAAAUGUUUUCCAUGAGAAACCAAGAAAUUUACACUGGUUUGACAGUGGUCAAUUUACAUGUUCCCAUGGUUCCAAUGUGCCUGUUCACCUCUCCUAUUGCCCUUCCUACUACUGGCUGCUGUUUUAAAGUUUGCCCUUCCUUCUCUUACACCUCCCUUCCACCCUUUUUCCCCCCCCUUCCUCUCUCCAGAAGAAAAUAAAAGAAAUUGAAUUUUUAUUACAGAACUAAAGCUCUUUCACUUUUAUACUGAGGAGAUCAGUACUGCAGUAUUUGAUUACCCAAGCUUCUGCAGACUUUGUGAUUCUUGGGACAUUUUUGAUGUAAGAAAUACUUCUUUAUUUAUGCAUACCUCUUCCCCUGAGUCUCUUUUCCAACAUUCUUCUGCUUUGUGCCUCUAGAAAUUUUUUUAAAUAGAAAAUUAGGCAAUUGGCUAUUUCUGUACUUGCUUUGUGUGAAACGAUGUAAAGCAUAGUUGGCCACCUUCUACUGCUUGUACAGUUCAUGGAAGUCGACCUGUAAUCAUUAUACCGCAGAGCCGCAAAUAAAGGAGAUGGAC